CUGUCUUUGGACACUGUUUUCCCACAGUGCGAUCUUCUUCUUGAACGCAUUCACUUUAUCGGACUGCUCAAACUUAUUAUGGCCCUUCCCUUGCAAAGAUAAGUUCAGUGUGUUUAGGUGCUCGAACACAUCAACAAGAUAGGCAACGUGGGCCAGCCAGAUCUUAAUGUCAAACAGCUCAGCAUAAAGCGAGUUAGUCUCGGAGAGGAAAGCUGCUAUUUCUUCUUUCAAUUCGUAAAACCGAGUCAAAAUGUUUCCUCUAGUCUAAACAACCAGCGAACUUCCGAGUGACAUAACAACUGCAAGUGCUCUGCAACCAACAUUCUAUUUCCAUGACUACAACAUGCAUGGACCUGAUAUCAAAAUAAGGGUUUUGGGUCAACUACGCGGUUGCGAAAAAAAUGCAUUCUUUUCAUGAAAAGAAUGCGGGUUUUUUUUUUACACCAUCCCUCCCCCACCCACUCAGGACACCUCCGCGACCCAGUUUUGGGUCGGGACCCACCAGUUAAGAAACACUGCGCUAAAGGACUAACGUCCGGUAGCGACAAAUACUCUUGCUUCAUGAGGAACGAAAGUAAAUUCUGCUUCCUGUUCAGUCUGUGACGAUCUGUGUGGUUCCUCAACAUGGCGGAGGCUAGUGUGUCAGUUUCUCAGGACCAAUUUAGCUGUCCAAUCUGCUUGGAUCUACUGAAGGAUCCUUUGACUAUUCCCUGUGGACACAGUUACUGUAUGGAUUGUAUCACCGGCUGCUGGGAUCAGGAAGAUCUGAAGGGAGUCCACAGCUGUCCACAGUGCAGACAGACCUUCACUCCAAGGCCAGUUCUGGGCAGAAACACCAUGCUGGCUGAAGUGGUGGAGAGGCUGAGGAUUGUGGGACUCCAGGCUGCUCCAGCUGCUCACUGUUAUGCUGGACCUGGAGAUGUGGAGUGUGACGUCUGCAUUGGGAGAAAACGAAAGGCGAUCAAGUCCUGUCUGGUGUGUCUGGCCUCUUACUGUGAAACUCACUUCAGAGUUCAUAAUGAUCUCAACCCAGGGAAGAAACACAAAGUGAUUGAAGCUGCUGGUAAACUAGACGAUCUGAUCUGCUCUCAUCAUGAUAAACUACUAGAGGUCUUCUGUCGCACUGAUCAGAGAUGCAUAUGUUUGCUGUGUGUCAUGGAUGAACAUAAUGGACAUAAAACGGUCUCAGUCGCAGCAGAGAGAACUGAGAAACAGAAACUGUUGGGUGAUACUCAGAGAAAAUCCAAACAGAUGAUCCAGGAAAAAGAGAAUGAACUGCAGGACCUGAGACAGGCUGUGAAAACUCUUCAGAGUUCUGCACAGGCAGCAGUGGAGGACAGUGAGAGGAUCUUUACUGAAAUGAUCCGCUCCAUUGAGAGAGGACGCUCUGAGGUGACAGAACUGAUCAGAGAUCAGGAAAGGGCUGAAGUGAGUCGAGCAGAAGAACUCAUGGAGAAACUGGAGCAGGAGAUUGCUGAGCUGAAAAAGAGAGAUGCAGUGCUGGAGCAGCUUUCACACACUGACAACCACAUUUGUUUCCUUCAGAGUUUCCAGUCUCUCUGUUCCUCCUCUGCUCCUGACAACUCAUCCAGACACACGGUCCACACAGAUCUGUCUUUUGAUGAAGUGAAAGAAAGACUUUCUCAGCUCAGGGGGAAACUAGAGGAUGCACUCCAGCAGGGACUAAAGGACAUUUCUAAACCUGCAGAGCUUGUUAGCUUUGUAUCACUGCCUGAGCCCACGACCAGAGAGGAUUUCCUAGCAUAUGCCUGCCAGGGAACCCUGGAUCCCAACACUGCUUAUACUGCCCUUUACCUGUCUGAGGGGAACAGAGUUGUAGAAUGUUGCCCUAAUGUGAAACAUUUAUAUCUUGACCAUCCAGACAGAUUUGAUUUUUGGCAACAGGUGCUGUGUAGAGAAGCUGUAUCUAAACACUGCUACUGGGAGGUUGAGUGGUCAGGAUCAGGUGUUCGCAUUGCUGUAUCAUACAAAGGGCUCCCAAGGAAAGGAAGGGCUUAUGAUUGUGCACUAGGAUUUAAUAACAAGUCUUGGAGUUUGGACUGCUCUUCUUCUAGCUACAUAUUCAUACAUGAUAGUAAACAAAUGUCAAUGGCAGAGGCCAGUGUUUUAUGGAGUCAGGACCAGUUUAGCUGUCCAAUCUGUCUUGAUCUACUGAAGGAUCCUGUGACUAUUCCCUGUGGACACAGUUUCUGUAUGGAUUGUAUCAAGAGCUGCUGGGAUAAGGAAGAUUUGAAGGGAGUCCACAGCUGUCCACAGUGCAGACAGACCUUCACUCCAAGGCCAGUUCUGGGCAGAAACACCAUGCUGGCUGAAGUGGUGGAGAGGCUGAGGAUUGUUGGACUCCAGGCUGCUCCAGCUGCUCACUGUUAUGCUGGAUCUGGAGAUGUGGAGUGUGACGUCUGCAUUGGGAGAAAACAAAAGGCAGUCAAGUCCUGUCUGGUGUGUCUGGCCUCUUACUGUGAAACUCACUUCAGAGUUCAUAAUGAUCUCAACCCAGGGAAGAAACACAAAGUGAUUGAAGCUGCUGGUAAACUAGAAGAUCUGAUCUGCUCUCAUCAUGAUAAACUACUAGAGGUCUUCUGUCGCACUGAUCAGAGAUGCAUAUGUUUGCUGUGUGUCAUGGAUGAACAUAAUGGACAUAAAACAGUUUCAGUCGCAGCAGAGAGAACUGAGAAACAGAAAUCGUUGGGAGAUACUCAGAGAAAAUCCCAACGGAUAAUCCAGGAAAAAGAGAAUGAACUGCAGGACCUGAGACAGGCUGUGAAAACUCUUCAGAGUUCUGCACUGGCAGCAGUGGAGGACAGUCAGAGGUUCUUUACUGAAAUGAUCCGCUCCAUUGAGAGGAGACGCUCUGAGGUGACAGAACUGAUCAGAGAUCAGGAGAGGGCUGAAGUGAGUCGAGCUGAAGAACUCAUGGAGAAACUGGAGCAGGAGAUUGCUGAGCUGAAGAAGAGAGAUGCUGAGCUGGAGCAGCUUUCACACACUGACAACCACAUUUGUUUCCUUCAGAGUUUCCAGUCUCUCUGUUCCUCCUCUGCUCCUGACAACUCACCUAGACACACGGUCCACACAGAUCUGUCUUUUGAUGAAGUAAAAGAAAGACUUUCUCAGCUCAGGGGGAAACUAGAGGAUGCACUCCAGCAGGGACUAAAGGACAUUUCUAAAACUGCAGAGCUUGUUAGCUUUCUAUCACUGCCUGAGCCCACGACCAGAGAGGAUUUCCUAGCAUAUGCCUGCCAGCUAACCCUGGAUCCCAACACUGCUUAUAAUAUCCUCACACUGUCUGAAGGAAACAGAGUUGUAGAAUGUUGCCCUAAUGUGAAUCAUUCAUAUCCUGACCAUCCAGACAGAUUUGAUAUAAUGCAUCAGGUGCUGUGUAGAGAAGCUGUACCUAAACACUGCUACUGGGAGGUUGAGUGGUCAGGAUCAUAUGUUCGCAUUGCUGUAUCAUACAAAGGGCUCAGAAGGAAAGGAUGGGCUAAUGAUUGUGUUCUAGGAUGCAAUAACAAGUCUUGGAGUUUGGACUGCUCUUCAUCAAGCUACACAUUCAGACAUGAUAAUGAAGCAAUGUCACUCCCUCACAAGCCCACCUCCACCUCUAGAAUAGGAGUGUAUGUUGAUCACAAGACAGGGACUCUGUCUUUUUACAGUGUCUCUGAUACAAUGACUCUUCUGCACAAAAUACACACCAAAUUCACUGAGCCACUGUAUCCUGGCUUUUUCCUCAAUACUAAAAGCAAAAUCAGAUUGUGUCAGUGACAACAUACCAGCAGAAUCUAAACAUUCAUGUCUAAUUUAAAUGGAUAGAGGUUUCUGACACAAAGUUUCUUUCUUCAUUCAGCCCUUCUAGCCUAGCUUUUGGGUCAUUUGAGUUUCUAUAUUGGACUAAACAAUGAACAUCACUUGCUUUAAUGUCAUGAAGACAGGACAUUUGUGCCGUUAUCUACACAGAAGGUUUUUUACCACAGAAACUUACUUCAUGUGGUAACAUAAUGUGGUAGAUGCACAAGCUUACUUUUCAUCUGCAGGACUAGUACUAAAACCAUUUUACCUCAUGAAUAUUUGUGGGAGGGUUGUCCUUUCUAUUUGGCUAAGUUACCGUCAUAUUUC